AUGUCCAAGACUUCAAAGAGCUUCCCCGGUAAGCGUCCUCUAAUCCCGCAACGUCACAUUCCCUCGCAGACUAUUAUCAAUUCGGUCGUGUAGAAUUCGUGCUCGUUGUGAACGAUGUGGCGAAUCUGGAUGCGAACGGGCGGGAGAGUGACGUCUUCAGCACCGGAGACGUUGACUGGUACUUGAACGUGGGCUUGAACAAACUGAAGAACGGAAAAGCGCUCUCGGCUUUCAUCUACUGCAAACCGCUGGAUGUGGCGAGUGCGUGGAAGGUCGACGGCGAAUUCCGCAUCGUGCUCGAGGAUCAGGAGGACGAGAAGCAGUCGAUUGCCCGGCAGAUGUGUUUCUCUUUCCAGUCGGACCAGUGCGAGAAUCGCGGAUGGAACAACUUCUUAAUGUGCUCGGAGGCGCUCGAUGAGGAGAGAGGAUUCGUGAAAGACGGCGCGCUCUCAUUCCGUGUCAUGAUCGGAGUGAGCUCGAUCGACGGAUUCGACUCGCCCAAAUACUUCAACUUUACCGUCGACGACCCACAAUUCUCGGACACCAUCCUCGCCGUCGACGAAUUUAAGUUCCACGUCAACAAGAUGGUGAACCGUUAGUCACAUUCAUUCCGACAUUCUCUCAUUCAGAUCAUUUCUGUUCACUCCCCGGUACUCGCAAAACUGAUGUCGCCUGUGGAGAACGGAACCGAAAUCUAUAUAGAAAACGUGGAUCGCCAAGAGUUCGAAGUUUUCCUCCAGCUUCUCUACGCUGUUCCAGUCCGCAUUCAGAGUUUGUUUUGUGCCGUUUCAAAUGAAGAUAUCGUCUGAUUUUAGAAUCGAACGUGGCCGGCCUCCUCGAAAUGGCCAUCAAAUUUGAGACGUACGGCCUGAAGCUGUUGUGCGAGGAGUUCCUGAAAUACGCGGAGCAACUCGGAGAGAUGACCGCUUUGGAAGUCGUCCAACUGGCCGGGGAACACAGAUUGAAUAGUGUUGUGGUGAGCAAGAACGGACAAAAAUCGUGCGGGAAUCGUUUUAUUUACAGAAGUACGUGCUAAACUUUGCGAAAAGCGCGGAAGAGUUGAAGGAAAAGUUCGAGAAUUUCGAGGGACUAUCUGCCGAAACCAUCCGCGAGAUCGCCAUGAAGACGCUCAGUUUUGCUUGA